CGGGGGCUCAGUCUGCGCUAGCAUUGGCGGAGCUGGGGGAUGGGGGGGCAGGAAGCGGGAGGGGGGAGCGGAGCUGCGGGGGGGGUGUAUAAAUAGGGAAGGGGGGACGUGCAUCCUCGGUUGGGUGAGGGGGGGGCGCUCGGCACAAAGAAAGUGGAAAGUUUGCCGCGUGGGGCGGCCCCGGCUUUGGGAUCCGGGCGCGCACGUGCAGGGCCUGGGGGGGAUCGGACCACCCCCCCACGCCGAGCUCGCCUUUUUUUUUUUUUCCUGCAAGCGAGAAGGGGGGGUGUUGUUGGUAUCGCCCCCCUCCUUCUCCUCCCCCCCCAGGGGUGAAAGUGCAAGAGGAAGUGCAGCCGCUGCCAUCUUUCCUCCGCUCCGAUCACACGGAGCCCGGGGCCGCAGCGCCGCCGCUCCGCCACCGCCUGCGCCUGGCCCCGGAAAGGGCCCAUCUUUGCCGCCGCCGCCGCCCGCCAGCUUCAGCUGCCGCCGCCACGAGACGCCGAGCCUGAGCCCGCGCCUCCGCCCCCGUGCGCGCCCCGCCGCCGCCGCCUUCGCCUUUUGUUUCCUCUGCUCCGGCGCCCCCGCCCCGGCUCGCGCUUUGCAGGGGACGCAGCGCGCGCCCCCAGCGGGCCCGGGAAAAGCCUCGGAGCGCGCGCGCCUGCGCGGCCGGCUGCUCCUCCUCCUCCUCCCCCCCCCCCCUCCUCCUUCCCGCGUGCGCGCGCCCCUCUUGGCCGGGCGCCGGCGCCGCCUAGCGGGCGGGAGGGGAGGUGGCGGGCGCCUUUGCCGGAGGGGCGCACCUCUUCGCACGCGCACCCUCCCCCCCCCCCAAGGUAGACGGAGACGGGGAGGAGGACGCGCGGAGGAGGGGAGCGCGCGAUCCGGUGGGGGUGGCGGCGGCGAUGUGGGGGGUGGUGCACUCUGCCGUCUAGACGGUCGGAUCUGGACGGGGAGGGGGGGCGUGUGCGCUGGGCGCACCUGCGAGACUACAGAGCCCCCGGCCGUGGGCACGUGCGGGGAGUGGACGCGUCCGCGGCGCCCCGCUUCUCAGCGCUUCGGGGAAGGGAGGGGGGGCGGGUGGGUGCCGCGGCCCGGAGAGAGGGAGGGGGCGGCGGCCAUGGAGCGGGUAAACGACGCUUCCUGCGGCCCGUCGGGUUGCUACACCUACCAGGUGAGCAGGCACAGCACGGAGAUGCUGCACAACCUGAACCAGCAGCGCAAAAACGGCGGCCGCUUCUGCGACGUGCUCCUGCGGGUGGGCGACGAGAGCUUCCCGGCGCACCGCGCCGUGCUGGCCGCCUGCAGCGAGUACUUUGAGUCGGUGUUCAGCGCCCAGUUGGGCGACGGCGGUGCUGCCGACGGGGGUCCCGCGGACGUGGGGGGCGCGGCGGCCGCUCCGGGCGGCGGGGCCGGGGGCAGCCGGGAGCUGGAAAUGCACACCAUCAGCUCCAAGGUGUUCGGGGACAUCCUGGACUUCGCCUACACUUCCCGCAUCGUGGUCCGCCUGGAGAGCUUCCCCGAGCUCAUGACGGCCGCCAAGUUCCUGCUGAUGAGGUCGGUCAUCGAGAUCUGCCAGGAAGUCAUCAAACAGUCCAACGUGCAGAUCCUGGUGCCCCCUGCCCGGGCCGACAUCAUGCUCUUUCGGCCUCCUGGGACCUCCGACUUGGGCUUCCCUUUGGACAUGACUAACGGGGCAGCCUUGGCAGCCAAUAGUAAUGGCAUCGCGGGCAGCAUGCAGCCGGAGGAGGAGGCUGCCCGGGCAGCAGGUGCAGCCAUUGCCAGCCAAGCUUCUUUGCCUGUGUUACCUGGGGUGGACCGCUUGCCCAUGGUGGCUGGACCCCUGUCCCCCCAACUGCUGACUUCCCCAUUCCCCAAUGUGGCAUCCAGUGCCCCUCCACUGACUAGCAAGCGAGGCCGGGGCCGCCCAAGGAAGGCCAACCUACUGGACUCCAUGUUCGGGUCCCCAGGGGGCCUGAGGGAGGCAGGCAUCCUUCCAUGUGGCCUGUGUGGGAAGGUGUUCACCGACGCCAACCGGCUCCGGCAGCACGAGGCCCAGCACGGUGUCACCAGCCUCCAGCUGGGCUACAUCGAUCUUCCUCCUCCGAGGCUGGGGGAGAAUGGGCUACCCAUCUCUGAGGACCCUGACGGCCCCCGAAAGAGGAGCCGGACCAGGAAGCAGGUGGCUUGUGAGAUCUGUGGCAAGAUCUUCCGCGAUGUGUACCAUCUCAACCGACACAAGCUGUCUCAUUCUGGGGAGAAGCCCUACUCCUGUCCUGUGUGUGGACUGCGGUUUAAGAGGAAAGACCGCAUGUCCUACCAUGUGCGGUCCCAUGAUGGGUCCGUGGGCAAGCCCUACAUCUGCCAGAGCUGUGGGAAAGGCUUCUCCAGGCCUGAUCACUUGAACGGACAUAUCAAGCAGGUGCACACUUCUGAGCGGCCUCACAAGUGUCAGGUGUGGGUUGGGAGCAGCAGCGGCCUGCCGCCCCUGGAACCUCUUCCUAGCGACCUGCCAUCAUGGGACUUUGCCCAGCCUGCUUUGUGGAGGUCGUCCCAUUCGGUUCCUGACACCGCCUUUUCCCUUUCUCUAAAAAAAUCGUUCCCAGCCCUCGAAAACCUGAGCCCAGCACACUCCAGCAACACUCUCUUCUGUCCAGCCCCACCAGGGUAUCUGAGGCAGGGCUGGACCGCCCCAGAGGGUGGCCGGGCCUUUAGCCAGUGGCCUGUAGGCUAGCCUGAGCCUCCCUGGAGAGGGGAAUAGGAGUCCCCUGAUGGUCUAAAUGAUAGAUACUCCUGCUUUGGGGGAGAGGCCAGCAAGGUGGUCCCUGCCCACCAGGUCCUCCCCUGUGACUUGAGGAGUUUUUCCCAACUCAGGGCUCCCAGUGAAGGGGACUGACCAGCAGGGUGAACCUUUCCUCUGUGUGAGUCUGCCCCAGCCUCCGGGUUUCUGGGCUCUCAUGCCUCCCCUUUAAACAGGUGACCCUCAGGCAUCUGCCCGUAUCUGGGUGAUUCUGGAGGUUGGUGCUUUCCCAGAAGCUACACCCCGACUUAGCUGCUUCACUUGCCGGGUUUUAGAAAGGAGUCUGGCCACUCCUGUCACUUGCCUCCGGUACAGCUUGAACUAGGGUCACCCUGGUUGUCCUCUUCCCUACUCAGACAGGACUGCUGUCACUUCUGGCUAGUUGAGAAUGUCAUGUUUUUGGAGUUUUUUUUCUUUUAGCUUAUCCGCUUAGUAACCAAACUAAUGAGUAGCUUUAUAUUGGGCCACCCCAAUAUAUGGGUUUAGGGAUGAUAAAAGCAGAUGUAGACCCCCAACAACCCCAAAUCUCAUUGGUGUGUUCUUUAAUGCCCCCCCUUCCCCACCCCGCAGGCUCCGCGGGGACCACAGGACUGAUAAAAGUUUUCAUUCUAACAUUUGAGGCUUUGUGUGUUUUGUCCUUGGUCUGUGUCAUAACACCGACAUCACUGUCCCUUGCUGUGUGAGCCUGCUCCUGCCCUUCCUUCUCCUCCCCUCCCCUUCAGCACACACUCGUAGACCGUCUGACCCACCACCUCUGGCCUUGUAACCAGAGUCCCCUAACAACCACCCAGUAGGUGAAGACAUACUGACUCUCAUGUACGGAGGGGCCAGCCAGGUGUGCCUGGGCUUGGUUAAACAGCAGGACAUCUGUUUGGUGUUGUGUAGUAUGCUGAGAACGUCAGCAGUGAGGAGAUGGCUCUCUGGGAGUUAGUCCCUUGGGUCUCUGGCAGACUGGGCACAGACCCUACCUCUUGGUCCCUCCUGAUGCCACAAAGGAUGAAAGGGGCCAGUCACAGAGACUGGCACCCUGGCUUGAGUAGAAAGGCCAUGUGAAGGCAGAGGCAGGAAGCCUCAGACUUGGCAUAGAAACAUAAGCCUCUUUGAGGCUUGGCCUGAAUCUUCUAACUGCCCCAUGUGGCCCAGGCACUGUUGCAUUUAUGAGCUGGGGGUGUGUGGGGGGGGUGUGCAGGGGCACAUUUCUCCCAGGAACUCAUCCUGGAGCUCAGACCGGGAGCACUUCAGAUCUCUCCAUUUGCUCCCAGUGGCCCUACAUCUCAGGCUGCUUUCAAAAGUGAACUGGGGUGCGUUCAAGGAGGGGACUGACAAGACCCAUAGGGCUGGACUUUGGUGUGUUUCUCU